AUGUGUGGAAGUUCAGCUGGAGAGGAGCAGGGACGAGGUAACCAUCAUUCCCGUUACCGGGUUCGCGGCGCCCGGAGCCCGACUGAGAAAGUGCUGCUAAGGACAGGUGAGCCCCAGCUGCUGGAAGCACCAAAGGUGACAAGACAAGCACUUCCCACCGCCGGCUCCCGGACAAACCGAGCGGCGGCCGGGCACGGAGCGGCGCGCACCGGGAUCGCCUCGGCAUCGGCCGUUCCCAUGGCGGGAAAGGGCGGGCCGGGCCCGGGGCCGCCCCCUUGUCCCGGGCUGAACCGCGCGGCCGCGGCGGGACCUGCGCGGCUCCGCCUCGCCCGCCCUCGGCAUCAUCGCUCCGCGCCAGCAGCGGGGCGGGGCGGGCCCCGUUGCCGGGUUACCGCUGUCAUCCGCCCGCGCCGCCGCCGCGCUCGCUCCCUCUCCCGCCCGCCCUCCCCGCCCCCUCCCGGCGCCGCAGGAAGCGAGCGGAUCCCGGGGCGCUGCUGCCGCCGCUCCCCUUACCGCGCCCGGCGUCCCCGGCCCGGCCCUGCCUCGCCGCCCAGCGCCCCACGCCGCCGCUCCCCCCACAUGCCGCAGAGCGGAGCGGUCGCGGCGCCGAGCCCCGCCGCCCGGCUGCCCCGCCGCGCCGCCCAGCUGGGGCCCUGA